AUGGCUAUGACCGCUAUAGCCCGCUCAUCUAGCGGCGCAAUAACUGGAAUAAUAGUCGUAUCUUUUGCAGCCGUCGCAAUCGUGGUGCUCAUCAUCUUUCGCAAGAGAAUCGUGGGUUGCUGCGGCCGUGAUAAGACCUCAGUGAUUGAUAGCGAACACGCAUUGUCAUCGCCCGCAUAUAUGGCCCCGCAGGCGCAGUUUAUACUACAAAAUGGUGCUUUAGCGUGGCAGGCUUCGGAGAUGUCAUCAGAGCCGAAUGCUAUACAUGAGAUUGGGUCCAUGGACGCCAAGUCAAAGGUGAAUGGGGGGGGUUAUCCAUGA